AUGGCGACGAACAGAUGGAGGGCGGUGAUAUCCUGGAGGGAGGUACCAAGAUGGGAGACAGAGGACCCUCAACGUGAGACGUUAGGGGUGGCGUUCCAUCAUCAAGUCUGGUUUUUUAUGGAUAGUGAUUCUAUGAACUUGAUUAGUUGGAACGUGAGAGGAGCCUCUAACAAGAUGUGGCUCGAGUACACUGAACAUUUGGGUUUCACUCCUGUGGGAAUUGUGGAAGCUAGUGGACACAGAGGGGAAAGGGGUGGAAAGAAUUGGGUGUGCAGUGCAGUUUACGGUAGCCCCCAACCGGCGAUUCGUGAAGAUUUGUGGGAACAUCUGUUGGCACUUGGAACUUCUAUACAGGACCCGUGGUUGAUAACAGGAGACUUUAAUGAAAUUUUGCAUUCUCAGAAAGUGAAAGGGUGCCACUUUAAUGUUAAUCGAAGAAAUUAUUUCUCUCACAUUUUAGAUUCGUGUAAUUUGUUUGAUCUGACAAAAGUGGGUAGGAGUUUUACUUGGUUCAGAAAGGUUCAGGGGAACAAGGAGGUAGCCAAGAAGUUGGACAGAGCUUGUAGCAAUAGUAGUUGGAGAUUUAUGUUUCCUGAAGCGUUCACCGAGGUACUUAGUUGUUUGCAUUCUGAUCACUACCCUUUACUCACCAGAUGCCUUGUACUGCCAGUCAGGAAGGGCAGCAGACCAUCCAAGUUCCAAGCUGCAUGGACUACUCAUCCAUCUUAUAAAAGUGUCGUCCAUAAAGCCUGGAAUGGCAACAACACCCACAUUCAUGGCAAGCUUAGAAAGGUGCAAGAGGCUUCUCUGAACUUCAAUUCUCGUGUCUUUGGGAACAUUUUUAUUAAGAAAAGAUCUCUAGAAAGCAAGCUUAAUGACCUCCAAAAAAGAUUAGAAUUUUGUGAUGAUGCAGUUGUCAAAGAAGAGGAACAAAGGUGCAGGGAUGAUUUUAAUUCGGUCCUUCUUUAG